GAUACCAGGGGGCAGAACAGGGUUCGUGUACAAAGCGGACUGGCUGUCAGCUGUUCUCCAUCAUCAUGUUACUUGUUUUGAGUUCAUGUUAAAGUCAGUUGAGUCGCUUUCAAGGCUGUCAACUGCUGUUAAACCGUUAAUAUAGAUAAGGGGGGAACCUUUUAAGCGGCGUACCUGUAUUUCUACACGGAAUUCUAUCACACCGGGACCGUAAAUACACCGUCGUAGCUGUUCCUGCGGCCCGGGUAGAGAGAAGAGAGGGAAAAUAUGAAGGUUUAAUAGAAAACAUCACCGUGUCAAUGACACGAACCGGUAAUUGCACUCGACGUGAAACCAGAGCCGUUAAGUUCGCUGGUUCCGGUGUGAAAGUGUGACUAAGAAUCGGGAGAUGGAGUCGUGUCGGCGGACCGGACUCAGCGGGGUCCUGUGCUCCCUGUCACUGCUGUGUGUCAUCCUGGACAUCCAGCUGGACGGUGUCUUGGGGGCGACUCAUGUCGAGAUCGAGCACCACUUGGAGAUGGGCCGCAAACUUUUGGCUGCUGGUCAACUGGCUGAAGCGUUGUCCCACUACCACUCCGCUGUAGAGGGAGACUCUAAGAAUUACCUGACCUACUACAAGCGAGCUGCAGUGUUUCUAGCGAUGGGAAAAUCCAAAUCUGCCCUGCCAGACCUGACCAGAGCCAUCCAACUCAAGCCGGACUUCCUGGCUGCCAGGUUGCAGAGAGGGAAUAUCCUGUUGAAGCAGGGCAGCACACAGGAGGCCAGGGAGGACUUUGAAGCAGUGCUGCAGCGCUCACCCGACCACGAAGAAGCUCAGGACCAGCUGAUGAGAGCGAACGAGCUGGAGGAGCUGCAGGAGGAGGCCCAUGCUGCGUACCACCAAGGGGACUACAGCACCACCAUCGCCGUGCUAGGGAGAGUCAUUGAGAUCUCUCCGUGGGACCCUGAGUCGCGGGAGCUUCGCGCGGAAUGUUACAUCCGAAUGGGAGACCCGCAGAAAGCCAUCCAGGACCUGACGCCGACCACGAGGCUGCGCAACGACAACCGCGCCGCCUUCCUGAAGCUCAGCAUGCUGCACUACAGCCUCGGAGAUCACCGCGAGUCUCUCAAUCACAUCCGAGAGUGUCUGAAGCUGGACCAGGACGACAAAGAGUGUUUCGGCCACUACAAGCAGGUGAAAAAGCUCAGCAAGCAGCUGGACUCGGCAGAGGAGCUCAUUCAGCAGGAGAGGCAUCAGCAAGCCAUUGAUAAGUAUCAAUCGGUGAUAAAGACGGAGCCGAAUGUCCCGUUCUACACCAACCUGGCCAAGGAGAGGAUCUGCUUCUGCCUUAUCAAGCUUAACUUGGCUCUGGAGGCCAUAGACGUGUGUUCAGAGGCUCACCAGAGAGACCCCCGCAACGCCAACGUCCUCCGAGACCGAGCCGAGGCGUUCAUCCUCAACCAGGAGUACGAGAAAGCGGUGGAGGACUACCUCGAGGCGAAAGAGUUCGACAGCGAAGGCGAACGCCACGAUCUCAAAGAAGGACUCGACCGAGCUCAGAGACUGCUCAAAGUCUCUCGUAAGAGGGACUACUACAAGAUCCUCGGUGUCGGCAGGAGUGCAAACAAGCAGGAGAUCAUCAAGGCGUACAGGAAGCUGGCGAUGCAGUGGCAUCCCGACAACUUCCAGUCCGAGUCGGAGAAGAAAGAGGCGGAGAAGAAGUUUAUCGACAUCGCGUCGGCUAAAGAGGUCCUCACUGACCCAGAAAUGAGGCAGAAGUUCGACGCAGGUGAGGAUCCUCUGGACCCUGAAAACCAGCAGGGCGGAGGCGGAGGACAGAGCUGGCCUCACAGCUUCAACCCGUUCGAGUCCGGCGGCAGCUUCCACUUCAAGUUCCAGCACAACUAGAGAGGAGGCCUUGACGAACACCGGGGGGGGGGGGGGGGGGGGGGGCAGGCAGGCAGGCAUACGGGAAGAACAACAACAACAACGGCGGAUUUAAGGAGAAGUCUUCCUCAGAACUUGUGCUUCAGCUUGGACACGGUUACUUGAACGUUUGAUUUUGAAUGCAGGUCUUGAGCUGUACAGUGAAAAGAAACCUGGACUUCUCACCACUAAAACGACGGAUCUGACUGGCUACUGUUCACUAACUCGUCGCUGUGGUUGAAGGAAAUGAAGUCUUGUGUCAACACUUGAAAGUUGGCUCUUAUCGUUUCUUUCUUUGUGCCAUUCUUCGAACCUUUUUAUCAAGGGACUUUUUUUUUUUUUAAGUGCAGUAGCUGCUCGGACAUUACAGGACUGUCGGUGUGUUGAUUUCUGCUCGCAGUAUUCUUUACAUGUCGACUGAUCUCGGUCUACGUUUUUGACCAUGUCGAACCUUCUCUGUCCUAGAGAACCAAGACUUUUCUACACCAUGGCAGCAGGAGGGUUUAUGUUGUCGAGCUUCUACCGUAAUGGGAAGUAGGUGAGACUUCCGCACUAGGAAAGGAAACUUGGUGGGUGUUACAGCUUUGAAAUCCUAUGGAUCUUAAAUCGGUGCGGCUCCGGGAUUGUUUGUGAUUUUCUUUUAAAUUCCUUAUUUGUUUUUCACCAGCUAUCCAAUUGGAAUAACGUGCAAAUUCUGUAUUUUAUGGCGUCUUUAACCGGCUAUAUAUCCAGAUCCAAACAUUGUAGACGUAACUUAUGAAUGAAGACUUGACAAAAACUCACACGUGAACACAAAAACUUGCAAUUUUACCCUUUUUGUUUGAAAAACUGGCCAUCUUCUCCACUCAUGAAAUGUUACUGCAGGUUUUUUUUUUUUAAAGCCUUUCGAAAGACUCUUCACAAACUAAGUGUGUCUUCAAUGGUUAUCUGAGAGCCUCAUUUAUCAUAAUCCCACAGAAAAGUGCACAUUUUAAAUGUUGUACUGAGCUGGGGUGGUACAUCAGUUACAGAUAAAAUGGAACUUCGUAAAUGAGGCUCCGGUUUCACAGCCAGAAAAGACGCACAAAAGUUUAACCUGUAAACCAAGAUGAGAUUCUUUUAAAGAUUUGACUUCUAAGUUAUUUUUGUCCAAAAUGGUUUAAAGGUGCAGUGACUCGUCACUGCUUUGAAACCUGUCUGCUGCGCGACUGUGUGAACCAAAUGUGACCGGCUCUUUGUAUUUAAAUCAACUGAGUGGGAAGGUUU